AUGAUCACCAUCAUCCAGAUCAUGCUUCAUCUCAUCACAUUUACCCUGAUCAGAUUUAUCUACAAGGCAAUAUGGAUACCAUUUCACGUGCAGCGCAUGAUGAAGGCACAGGGAAUCACGGGCCCUUCGUAUAGAAUAGUUCAUGGAACCACAAAAGAGAGCACGAUCUUGAGAGAAGAAGCACUCAAGGGUCCUAUGGAGCUGUCACAUGAUAUAUUCCCCAAAAUCCAGCCUCAGUUCUACCAAUGGAUGAAGCUUUAUGGAAAGAAUUUCCUUACCUGGGCUGGCCCUCAACCUCAUGUGGUGAUAACCGAGCCCGAAAUAGCUAAAGAGAUACUCACAAACAAGGAAGGGAUUUUCCUCAAACCCAAAAGUAGAGGUAAUGUGAAGAAGCUGCUUGGAGAUGGGCUUGUUAUGGCUGAAGGGGCUAAGUGGUUUAAGCUGAGAAAAUUGGCAAACCAUGCAUUCUAUGCAGAAAGCUUGAAGGACAUGAUUCCAUCCAUGAUUGCAAGCGUUGAAACAAUGCUGCAAAAGUGGAGGCAAUACCAAGGCAGAGAAAUGGAUGUGUGUGAAGAGCUCAAAGUCAUGAGCUCGGAGGUGAUCGCAAGAACUGCAUUUGGAAGCAGUUAUUUAGAAGGGAAGAACAUCUUCGACAUGCUCACCAAGCUCGGCUUUCUUCUCUUCAAGAACAUAGACAAGAUCCGACCUUUCGGAAUGAUUUGGAAGACGCGAGACGACGUUGAGUCAGAUGAGAUUGAGCAGUCCCUCCGUGAUACUGCCAUGUCAAUAGUGAGGAAGAGAGAGGAGAGAGUGGUAGCCGGAGAAGCAGAGGAUUAUGGGACCGAUUUUCUUGGAGCAUUGUUGAAAGCUCACCAUGAUUCAGACAAGAAGAGUAGGAUCUCAAUCGACGAUGUCAUCGAUGAAUGCAAGGUGUUUUUCUUAGCCGGACACGAAACUACAAGCAGCUUGCUCUCAUGGACAAUAUUCCUCUUAGCAAUCCACACAGAUUGGCAAGAAAAGGCAAGGCAAGAAGUGUUGGAGCUUUUUGGACAUCAGAAUCCUACUGCAGAAGGCCUUCCUAGAUUGAAGACAGCAAGCAUGAUUAUGAAUGAGACGUUGAGGCUCUACAGCCCUGUAGCGAGCCUAGUGAGGCGGGGGACGAGGCGAUUGAGGAUCGGGAGAUACGAAUUCCCAGCCAAGAUGGAAUUCCACAUCCCAACUCUAGCGCUGCAUAGGAAUCAAGAGAUUUGGGGGAAAGAUGUACAUUUGUUCAAACCAGAGAGAUUUGCAGAGGGUGUUGCCACAGCUACCAGGAACAACCCCAUGGCCUUCCUCCCCUUCGGCUACGGCCCAAGAACGUGCGUUGGCUUGAAUUUCGCGACCAAUGAGGCCAAGAUUGCGCUCUCGAUGAUCCUUCAACGUUAUAGCUUCACGUUGUCGAAGAAUUACGCUCAUUUCCCUAUUAAUAUCAUCACCACACGACCACAAUGCGGUGUGCAAAUAAUUCUCCAACCAUUGCAGCAGUGAAAUGAUGUUCUUGCAAGAUGCACGAUAGCAUGUAUGAAUAUAUAGUUUAUACAAGAUAUUAAGCUGUUAUCUUAUUCAAGAUUCAAUAAAAUUAGAUCAAUAAGCUGCAAGAAUCUACAUAGUAGAAAAACUAAUGAGUAACAAAUGAAUGUGAGUUAGCCAUUGUUUCUUUGUUGGAUUGGUUGAGGCUCAAUCAUGGAAGGCAGCACGAGAGGAGAGAGGAGAGGGAUCGGAUCUUUACUCGAAAAAUACGAAGAAGCUGCUGCUGCUGCUGCUGUUGAAGAAGAUGAUGCUUCUUUAUCACUUGCAUUAGGUUUCAUGGUGGCUGGCUUGAGUUGCAGAGGGCGCGGGGCGCGUCGUUGCAGCCGGCUCAAGGGGGCCAUGAGCUCAUCUCUUGGAGGUGAGGUUUGGAAUCCAGGAAACUCUGCAUCAAAACUGUCCAUUGACUUAAAAAUUUGAUCUUGAUAUUGUGUGUGGAGUGUUAGUAUUUCUUUCAACUGUACAAUUAAAGCAGUGGAUUAGAUUAUCCAUUGGAAUUGACUAUGAUCAAUUGGAUUGAAACAUGAUCCAAUUCCAGCCUGUACAUGGCCCCAUUCAUAAAACUAUCGAGAAUUUGUAUUCAAAAAAAUGAUAACAAUUUUACAC